AUGGCUUCUCCAGCGGUUUCACGUCUCUGCCGACCAUGCAUUUGUGAGAUUUGCGACUGUGGGCGCCACCAAUGCCCUCAUAUUACCAGACCCUAUGAAAUGAACGAGAAGCCAUGCCUCCUCACUGAGUAUACAGACAAAUACCUACUUUAUCCCAACACUGGACCCAGAGAAUCCUGCAAACCUGUCGUAGAGUACAAUAAGCAGCCAGUCCCAAUGGAGGGCAUUUCCACGAUGAGGAGAGAUUACGUCCCUCAUGAAGUGUCGCCUAUAAAGCUGAGGCCGCCUGAACAAUAUUUCAAGAGCAAUGCAGCUAUGGACCUGUUGUCUACGUAUAAGCAAGACUACAACCCUUACCCCAUUAAGCGAGUGCCUCCUUGCGUGCCUCAGGAACGGAAAUAUUCUACCGAUGACAGGAUGACCGCAGUACCAACGUACAAAGCUGAUUACUUGCCAUGGAAGCAGGCCAAAAGGGACAUGAUUAAGCCGGCAAACACUUUCCGCCCAGCAGAAGAUAAAUUUGACUCUCGGACCACGCACCAGGAUGAAUACCUUUACAAGGGCCCAGUGAUUACAAAGAGCUGCAAACCUUUUAGAUCACCACACAUUACAAAGAUCCCCUUGGACAGUAUGACCAAUUAUAAGUUGAAUUACGUGGCACACCCCAUGUCAAAACGUCAUGCCCACGUCCCUGAGCCAUUCAAGCCCUGUAGCGAACCAUUCGACGGUCUCACCACCCACAAGCAGUCCUACAAAGGGCUGGCAGGGCCACCCGCUCAGUCCGUGAAGCCCCCUUACGUGAGGCCGGACCUUUCCAGUUUUGUCGGGACUACCGAAUUUCGGGAAAAGUUCUUAGCUUGGCCAACGGCCCCGCCGUUCAGCAGGAAGCCUCCCGCGUACAUACCGCCUAAGGAGAAGAUGGACCUUAAGACGAUGGCGCAGCUUCAUUACGUCGAUCCCCACGGCCGCCCGGCAACGUCCUGCAAACCUGUGGCCUGUGUCGUAACCCACACGGACCCCUUCAACCACUGCUCCACCAUGAAGGAGGAUUAUAAGCACUGGGACUAUUCGAAACCUAAGGCCAUUGUUCCUAACUCCGAGGUCACAUUGCCGAAAGUCCCCAUGGACACCUUGACCACCUUCCAGAGCCAUUACACUCCUCACCCGCUUCCUUUCACCAAGAGCUUCAAGCCCCGACUGCCGGCAGCUCGGCCUCACGUCCCGUUUGUUGACGAAACCACCUACGCCACGUGCUACACACCCAAGAAAGUCCAUAUCUGCCCUGCCACGUACAAAGAGCCGCCCGGCUACGUAUUUGAGAAGAUCGAUGAAGGGGGGCACAAGCGGUUCCGUCCUGCUACGGUGGCCCAGGACCGAUGUGCGUCCAGUUUGAAUAUCGGUGACCGUAGAAGCAGUCUUCCUGGCGGCAGCUUAAGUCAAACGGGCCUCAAAGAGGUUGCGAUGAAAGCCUGAUGUUUUUCAAGCUAGUUUUCAACACACCACUGAAUUUAUUUGUUGAUGAAUGCUAUUGGUAUCAUGUCUAUUUCCAGAGGAUUGUCGCCCUUCUGGUAGAGCUGAAUAAAUAAAUAACAUUCUAGGAAAGCUUUCCUCCCCUGGUUGCAUUCUGACAUUUCUGGAGCUGCCACCAGAAAACCAUAUGGCGCGAUCCUCUGCAUAUCUACUUGGAAGUCCCAUUGAGUUCAAUGGCUCUUUCUUGCAGGUACAGGUAUGCAGCUUAAAUUCAUUAAUCGUAUGAGUCUGAACUGAUUGACAAUUAAUCGAUCAAAUCUAUGUUUGCAUGUGAGGGGAAAACAAUAAUUCUCCAGGGGGCAAAUGUUUUUAAAAUUGACAUGCAUAGGCAUGUCACGUGCGAUGCAGGUGGUGCUGUGGGUUAAACCACUGAGCCUAAGGCUUGCCGAUCAGAAGGUCGGCGGUUCGAAUCCCUGUGACGGGGUGAGCUUCCGUUGCUUGGUCCCAGCUCCUGCCAACCUAGCAGUUUGAAAGCAUGUCAAAGUGCAAGUAGAUAAAUAGGAACCGCUACAGCGGGAAGGUAAACGGCGUUUCCGUGUGCUGCUCUGGUUUGCCAGAAGCGGCUUUGUCAUGCUGGCCACAUGACCUGGAAGCUAUACGCCGGCUCCCUUCGGCCAAUAAUGCGAGAUGAGCCCGCAACCCCAGAGUCGGUCACGACUGGACCUAAUGGUCAGGGGUCCCCUUACCUUUACCUAUGUCAUAGAAGGGAUCAGCACUGGUGAGUCCUUGUUGCACACAGAUGUGUGUGUUUUCUUUUAAAGUGAUGCUUGUAAUCCGGUUUUAUAUAUGCGGAAUAAUGUUUCUUAAGGUCUACUGCCCAAUUAAUUAGGGCUCCUUUUUUUUUAAGUCAGCAAAAUGUUUUUAAUUGAUUAAACUGUCCAAUUCAUCGACUAAGCACCGGAACCCUACUA